CAGUGUGGUUUCGUCAGCAGCAGUGAGGAAGCUCGCUCGGAGUGUUUGGGUCGGUUCAGUGUCAGCAUGAGUGCAGCUCUGCUCUCCGGGUCUGUCCUCUCCGUGUGAGGAUGACCCUGCCGCCCAGGACCGAGCCUGGACUCACACUCAGCGGGACAGCAGGGAGAGAUGCGGAUCUCCGAGCCGAGAAGCCAUGGUGAUGAUCAGCUCAGUACUGAAAGUGCUGCAGAGGCAGACCUACACCUGUCUGUCUCACCGCUACGGACUGUAUCUGUGCUUCGGAGGGAUAGUGCUCAUGAUCGUGUCCGCCUUUCAGUUCGGAGAGGUGGUGGUGGAGUGGAGUCGGGAUCAGUAUCAUGUUCUUUUUGACUCCUACAGAGACAAUGUGGCUGGGAAGUCCUUCCAGACACGGCUAUGCUUACCCAUGCCCAUUGACGUGGUGUACACCUGGGUGAAUGGUACGGAUACUGAUUUACUGAAGGAUCUCCGUGCAGUGAGGCAACAGCUAGAGGAGGACCAGAGGAAACUCAGGGAGAAGCUGGGGAAGAAUGCAACUGACACAACUGAGGCACCCAAAGAAAGGCCUGAAUGUCUGCUGUCCCACUGCAUCAUGGCUCCUGCUCUGGUGCUGGACCCAGCGCUGCCUGCUAACAUCACUUUGAAGGAGCUGCCCUCUCUCUCAGCAGCACUGUCCUCUACGAAGCAGCUCCUGCAGGUGGCCAAACCCCUACACCCCUCAACCAGUGUCUCUGUUCUCCUCUUCCACUCCCAGAGUGAAGCGGAUAAAGCUCAUUCAGACGCACCAAAGGACAUUCCGAAACACUCUGUCUCCAGAGCCUAUCUGACGACGGAUAAGGAUGCUCCUAGUCUGGUGCGGAUUCAGACGCUGGCCUACCUGAGUGGCUUUCCUGCCUCUUUUAAAGAGACUGAGCAACUGAGGAUCAAGCUGCCAUCGGUGGUGACCGGCAAAAUUAAACAGCUGCAGCUUUACUCUGAGGCCAGCAUUGCUCUCCUCCACCUGAACACAGCGCAGGACUUCACUGACCUCCUCCAGCAGGCCAAGAAGAACCUGACUCUGGAUGGCAAAGAGCUCACAGUCAGCCCGGCGUAUCUGUUCUGGGACAUCAGUGCCGUCUCACAGUCAAAGCAGGAUGAGGAUGUGUCAGCCAGCCGCUUUGAGGACAACGAGGAGCUACGCUAUUCAUUACGGUCUGUGGAGAGACACGCUCCCUGGGUGCGCCAUAUCUUCAUCGUCACCAACGGGCAAAUCCCCUCCUGGCUUAACUUGGACAACCCCCGCGUUACUGUGGUUACCCAUCAGGAUAUCUUUCAGAACCAGUCCCACCUGCCCACAUUCAGCUCUCCAGCCAUUGAGACGCACAUCCAUCGCAUCCCAGGCCUCUCGCAGAAGUUCAUCUACCUCAACGAUGAUGUCAUGUUUGGCAAAGACGUGUGGCCUGAUGAUUUCUACAGCCACUCAAAGGGCCAGAAGGUGUACCUCACCUGGCCUGUUCCUAACUGUGCUGAGGGCUGCCCGGGUUCUUGGAUCAAAGAUGGCUACUGCGACAAGGCCUGUAACAACUCUGCCUGUGACUGGGAUGGCGGAGACUGCCUGGGUACGGCAGGAGGCAGUCGUUUCGGCGGCGGUGGCGCUGGAGGUUCGGUGAUCGGAGGUGGACAGCCCUGGCAGUUCCCUGGUGGAUUGGGAGGCCUAGGGGGCGUGUCCUUCUGCAAUCAGGGCUGUGCUAACUCCUGGUUGGCUGACAAGUUCUGUGACCAGGCAUGCAAUGUGCUGGCCUGCGGGUUUGAUGUGGGAGACUGUGGACAAGAUAACUUCGGCCAGCUGUACCGAGUCGUCCUACAGAGGAAUAAGACGCAGUACACGCUGCCUCAGGGUGAGCUGAGGCCCUAUUUCAUCUUCUCCGCAUUUGCUAACCGUGUAUCAGAGGCCCAGGUCGCCGAUAACCCCGUGGUGCGUCACACGUCUGUUGCCAACAAGUGGAAGACCAUCCACCUGCUGCUGCUGCCGGGCUACAACGCCACUCAGAUCCACUACAACCUCACCUUUCAGGGUGCUGGCGACCACGAGUUCUCAAUGAGCUUCACUGUAGCUGUGGACACCCGCGAACUCCCCAAACGCAACACAUCUGACUCCAUGCAGGAGAAAGGGAACGAGGAGUACAAGCCCACUGUGGCCACCCCAGAACCAGAGGCUCAGUUUGCAGACAUCCCAGUUGAGAAACAAGCCCCCAAAGUGAGAAAAAAGCCCCCUGGAGAGGUGGAGGUGAUUGUGGAGGUCCCUGCAUUAAACACAUCUCUUUUGCCUGAAGACGUGAGGCGCGAGCUGCAGAGGCUGGAUGAGAAGCUACGUCUAGGAGACAUCACCAUUAAAGGCUACAACCUGACUAAAGCCACAUUGCUGAAGCCAUUCCAGGAAAUGGCAGAAUCAGAGGCUCAAAAAGACAACAGAGUAGAUAAAGGGAAAGCAGAAGAAGGGGACGCAGUAGUAGAAAGAAAUGCAGAUGCAUCCAAAUCAGAUGACAAACAGAGCCAAAUGGAAAAGAAGAAUGAACAGAAAGUUUCUCUCAUCCCAGUGAAGAUUGACAAUGAGCCUCCACAAGAGCUCGCUUUGGCUGACCAGUCACAACUCAAGAGCACAGAAAAGCCUCUCGCGUCCAGACUGCUUGGGACUCUGGUGGGGAGCAUGUCUAAGGGGAGAGGCUGGGAGGCCCAGGCCCAUGAACAAAAGCCUCAGGCCGAAGAUGAGAAGGCGGAGUUAGAGCCACAUGUGGGCCGCAAGCUUCAGCACUACAUAGGCCCUGAAUGGAGCUUCCUGCCGUGGGAAAAGAGCAAAUAUUUCCAGGACCUUCUAGAGGAGAUGGAGCGGUUGGAGAGAGAAUUGGAGUAUAAAGCAGAUGGCGCCGCCACUGGCCGGAGGCUGAAAGACACCUUUGCGGAUUCACUCCGCUAUGUCAACAAGCUGCUGAACGGCCAGUUCGGCUUCACUUCCCGCAAAGUGCCCGCUCACAUGCCACACAUGAUCGACAGGCUCGUCAUGCAGGAGCUACAGGACACAUUUCCUGAGGAAUUUGAUAAGACUUCUUCCCACCGUGUGCGCCAUUCAGAGGACAUGCAGUUCGCCUUCUCUUAUUUCUACUUCCUGAUGAGCGCUCUGCAGCAGCUCAACGUCUCGCAGGUCUUUGACGAGAUCGAUACGGACCACUCAGGUGUUCUUUCCGACAGAGAGAUCCGCACACUCGCAACACGCAUCCACGAGCUCCCCCUCAGUCUGCAGGACCUGACAGGUCUGGAGCAGAUGCUGAUAAACUGCUCUAAGACUCUCCCCAGCAACCAGACUCAGCUCCACAUGGUGAACCCCACCCAGGAGACUUACUAUGACCCCAGUAUGCCUCCAGUUACCAAAGGUCUGGUCAUUCACUGUAAACCGAUCGCAGAGAAAAUCCAGAAAGCCUUCAAAGACCAGAACAAAUACAAGUUUGAGAUCAUGGGAGAGGAGGAAAUCGCCUUUAAAAUGGUACGAACCAAUGUCUCGCAUGUGGUGGGGCAGCUGGAUGACAUAAGGAAGAACCCAAGGAAGUUCAUAUGUUUGAAUGACAACAUUGACCACAGCCAUAAGGAUGCCAGCACAGUGAAAGCCGUCCUGAGGGACUUCUACGAGUCCAUGUUUCCGUUGCCCUCGCAGUUUGAGCUGCCUCGAGAGUACCGCAACCGCUUCCUCCACAUGGGAGAGCUGCAGGAGUGGCGAAUAUACAGGGACAAGCUGAAGUUCUGGACGCAUUGUGUACUGGUGACAUUAGUUGUUUUCACUGUCAUCUCCUUCUUUGCUGAACAGCUGAUCGUGCUGAAGCGGCGGCUCUUCCCCAGACGUAGAGUCAGCAAGGAGAGCAGCUCGGAACGAGUAUGAAGACAGGAGAGUGUGCAUGCUCCUUGUCCUCUGCCUCCACGUUUUGCUCUCUUUGCGGGUUUGGAUUGUGGAGAGUGAGCUCUAAGGGUUUGUGGACUGAGAGCUGACCCUCUGUUCCCUGGCGUGGCACUGUCACCGCCACGCUUUAACCCAGAACAGCAUGAACAGCAUGACAGCACAGACAAAACACUCUCUGGGGGACCGAAUCACAGAGACUAUUAGAAGAAAUUUCCUGCUGGAGUUUAAAGUGGGACCCCGAAAGACUGAAAUGAGUUCAGGGGGACCAUGCAUGCUUUCUCCACAAGAGGGCGACAGUGAGACACUGCUCUGCAUGGAGUGACCAGCUAGUUUCACUGAAGCGCAGAAGAACUGAAACACUCCAGAUGAGUCUGCCUGCUGUCCUGAUCUCAGUGGAUUUAUGUGAGCGAAGCAGUGCGGUACUGAAUGUCACACUGCCUUCUCUGUUUGGCUCACAACCCUUUGACUGAUACGAUUUUAAAUUAAGGGGUGAUAAUUAUGACGAUAAUUUUUUUUUUUUUUGAUGUCGCUCUCCGUUCAAGCUCUAUUUCUCUCUGUACUGCAUAUCAGUGCCUUCUCUCUCGAGUCAGUGAAGGCAGUGGAGUCUGAUGCACUGCUGGAACUCUAUUCUCUGCUUAUAACUGUCUUUAUCUGCCUUUCUCCCUUUUGUAGAACAUCCAUGAUACAGAAACAGCACAAUAUACAAGUGAGGAUUAUCACCGAUUGUCUGACCGCUAAUCAAUCAGCAUUUCUUUCUUUCUUGCUUUCUUUCUUUCUUUCUAGGCAGAAUGUCUUAUGUCUUUCCAUCUUUCCAGUCUUUCUUUUUGUCUGCAUUUGUUUGUGUCUUUCUGUCUUU